CAACGGGGUUAAAAUGAGUACGGAUUAAACAAAGAUUAUGCUAUUAAUCGUCUAGUUAAUCUUCAAUACGUUAACAAAGACAUAUGUUUAUGCCCAGCGAUGAAGUAUUUUUAAUGUUUAAGCAUGCCAAAGGCCUUAUAGUGGGCAGUGGAUGUGGAAUUUAAUGAAAAUUAAAGAUACUGUGAAAAUUGCUACAAUUGACAGUUAAGAAAGUGAAAAAAUGAUAAAUGGAUUGCAAUUAAGUUUCUAUUUUUGUGAUAACGAUUUACGGAAAGAUAGAAAACUCUUUAAUUCGGAUUUAUUACAAGUGUGAGCUCGAACCGUGUUGGAUGAUCUCAUUUUUUUUGCACUAAUUUUUAGAGGUUUAAAUUAAAUUGACGUUUUCAAACUUUCAUUUUCACCGUCGUAAUAUCUAACGAACAAACGUCAAAAUGCCGUUCGAAACUGGCGGGAAAGGCGAUCCUAUGCACGUCACACACAAGUACGUGCUGAACAAUGACAUACGCUACUUGUAUAGCGGUUAUCCGUUACGUUACACGGGCCGCGAGGAACCCGAUUAUCCGAAUUUUGACAUGCUACGUUUAGCGCGGGAAAGUUCGGAUCUUAAACGGCGGACGCUCCAGAUUUCCCGCUUCCGUGACCAAGACCCCUUUAUGCUGCCGCGGGCACCGGCGUUUCGGGACUAUAGCCGCCACAUGGUGAACGGAAUCGUUGACAGACUAUUAAGCCCGAGUCGGUCGCCGAGAUCAAGCCGGUCUAGUGUAUUAGGCAAAACGUCCGAGGAUAGGCGGUGCGUCUCACAGCUUCGGGAACCGCUCAAGAAAGAGAUGUUUCCAAGUUACCGCUCGCUGUCACCGGAACAAGUGAAAACGGUUUCAAGUAGACUCUACCACACGCACACGCACAUGUCCAACUUAAAGAAACGAGAUCCCGAGUGGGUUCGCGCCACUUUGCCGAUCAUGAAAAAUGCGCCAGAUCCGGAUAACAUACGAAGUAAACCGAAUAAGAUGCACACGAACCCGUGGAACACUACCGGAAUGCCCAUUGUUGACACGUGAUGACGUCAUCGUUUAGGAUGAUUACAUUAUUUUUAUUUGGACGCUUGGCUAAGGACUUUCAUUAAGCUUAUUAUACCCGAUUCAUCGUUUACGUAACAUUGGAAAUAGGUGUGCAUCGCAUGUUGAGGGUCAAAUUAGUGCUAACUGAAUUAACUGCCUUUGACGUAUUUCAGUCCUGAGAGUGAAGUUUAGCGUAUGUUAAAGGCCUAGUUUAAGGAAUGUUUGGCAUGACGAUCCCCUGCUGUGCAUCUUCUGCUAAUUGCACUGAUCUCACAGUAGGGGCCAAUUUCCUGUUUAUUUGUUUGUUGGCUCACGGCCAGUUAGGGUCCAUUUCUAUAAUAAAAUCCCUUAAACUGCACAGCAGGAUAUUCAGAUCUGAGAUCUAAUAAGACAAUUAGGCAUUUAGAUUAAGACCAACACACAAACAUUGUGUAAUUGUGUACAAUAGGUUUGUGGGGGGGGGGGGGGGGCAUUUAUACGAGGAUUAAACUAGGCCUUUAACCAAAUUUUCCCAAAGACGUGAUAAUCACACCAUUAAGCGCUGUUAACGUUUAUUGUGUAAAUUUGUACUGGAAAUCUAAAAUCUAAAUGUAGAUGAGAACAUAUUUUAUCGCAAACUUUGAAUUGUUCGAUACAAUAUAUAAUUAAAUUUACCACGAUUAUGGGUGGUUUUGCAAACAAAUGAAUAGCCCGUUAUAUACUUAAAUACUUCAUAUUAUUUGGUAAACCAAACAUUAGUUUUAUUCAAAGUCUGCUGGUGUGUUAAAAUGUGUGUGUUUUGUCUGUAAAGAAACAAAUAUGCAAAUAUUUGGAAACUGCUAAUGAUCUAUUGAUGCGCAUCAACUCUUAUUCUGCAAUUGUUGUCUUUUUAUCUUGUUUAACUGUAUGUUUUAUUUUGUUUGUAAAUUAAAGGACAUAUAACUGCCUUAAUUUUCAAAGACUUUUACAGCAAAACUUUGUUGGUCGUAGGUUUAUUUUUGUGCCGUAAGACCAUUUUACAUAGAAAUCAUGCUUGAUUUUUAUAUGCUUAGAGUUAUAUUAGUUGUAUCAAUUUGCAAAUCUAGUCGUACGACUAUUCACAUACGAAGAAUGGCUGAUUUUCAUUAAUUAGUUGUACCAAUUUGUGAAUCUAGUCGUACGACUAUUCACAUACGAAUGAUGGCUGAUUUUCAUUAAUUAGUUGUACCAAUUUGUGAAUCUAGUCGUACGACUAUUCACAUAAGAAUGAUGGCUGAUGUUCAUCAAAUAGUUGUAACAAUUUGUAAAUCUAGUCGUACGACUAUUCACAUACGAAUAAUAGCUGAUUUUUACCAAUGCGUUGUACAAAUUUGUGAAUCUAGUCGUACGACCAUUCACAGAAAAAGAACGAAUGGCUUUAAUUUCGGUACAAUUUAGAUUGUGAAUGAGUUACAUUCGUUUUUCACUUAGACAUAGCUUUAUUGGUCGCCUUUUAUGUAAUAAGACAACGAUACAACUGUAUGGAAAUCAAUUCAAGACGAUUCGUACGACUUUUGUUAUUUCAGAUUAACUUGAAAUUGUUCAACAAGUGUUGCAUGUUUUUAGUGCACGUAUUUGAUUGGACAGACGGACACAUGAAAGUAUGGAAGUACCGAAACGUUCGGUAUGGUGUUUGGGAUAUAUAAGUACAUAUUAUAGAAGUUGCUUCUGUUUUUAAGUUAUUUUAUAGUUUAAUCGUAUAUAAGAUAACAAAUAAAGAGCUUAAGCUUA